AGUUCGCCAUCGCGGGAUGGACAUAGUGUUUCGAUGUUGUCUCCGGUGCGUGCACCAACAGCGCGAAGCAUUCUUAGUUUAGAAUAUCAAUCACAUUGUUCGUAUGCAAGUGGACCCUCUCGUCCGUCCCUUUUUUCCAUCUCCCCUAUCGCCUGGUCUCGUCUGUUCUUGCUUGUGCUGGUUCAGGCCUACAUGAUUGGCGUGGCAGGUUUCAACUCCCGAGGACUUAUAGUACUCUCCUGGGAAUCACACGGGUUUUUUGAAGAUAGCUGGCUGGCUGCAAUGUGUGCUUGUCAACCCUUAGAUUGGUUCAAAAAACUGAAGAGCUUUCGCGGACCUUCGUAGUGAACCUUCUAGUUUAGAUUCAGUCUUGUUAAGUUCCGCAUUGAUUUUUGCCUUUUCCUGGAGAAGAUUAAGGAAUGCCCGUGCUUCUGCAGGAUUAGUUGUGUGAUGCGGGAGAUUUCAGCAUAUCUUGGUAGCGCUUGAAGGAACCUUUGCAACCAUGCCAGAGCCUACUCGGCCAGCUUUACAUCGUACUUUCUCUGCUGCCUUGACAUUUUGUAGAGCGCAACCUACUUGAACAGAUUGCGCCGCAAAGCUGGCCUCCAGUUUGUUCUUCGGUUGUGUGUGUGCCCCUCUUCCCCCUUAACUUCGACAGAUAUUCUCCGGGAUACGCAUUUGGAGAGUCUGGUAGAAAUGUAUAGCUCCAGGUCGUGGAAAAUAGAGAAGCCUAGGACUCCCAGGCCCGGCGGCAUUCCGCAAGGGUCCGUCCUGGUGGUGCUGGAUGUCACCAAGGAGGUCAGUACUGCUCCUGUGUACUGGGCGCUAGGCAAUGUCGUCCGCCAUGGGGACAAUUUCAAGAUACUUGGAAUCAUGACCCAUUUGUGCAAUCCCAUGGGAUUCCGCGUACGGGUGGACAAGAAUAGCUGGAUUGGUUCAAAUGCACUCAUGCUGCAUCAUGAACUUGCGAUGAAAAAAAAAUCUCUCGAAGACAUUCCCCAACUCCAGGAGUGGUGCGAGAAAGCAGGGGUGAAGUUGGAACUCGAUUUGAAAGCUGGUUACACGACUAAGACGAUCAUUGUCGAUGAAGCGAAGGCUAUUGGGGCUUACCACGUCGUCCUGGACAAGAGCAUGAAGAGUAACAAGAAGUAUUUUAUCGAGCACUUGACAUGUUUUGUCUCAAGGGCACGACAGAGCGGCGGAGUUGAAACCUUACGGUCCUUCUCGGUGACGAACCAGCUUCCACCUCUGCUGCCAACCCCGCCAAACUUGAGUCGGCCCGGAAACUAUACCAUGCCCUCAUCCGGAUCUAUGCGGUCCAUGAGCUCACUCCUGUCGAACAGCUCAAAGGACCGCAGUUCCAUGGCAUCUACGGUCUCCUACGACAAUACGUCGAGUGAUGGUUUCCUCACGCAAGAUAGUGAUCAGCUCUCGGGAGCGCCCUCCACGGUAGAGUCCGUUGAACGCCACCACCAAAUCCAAGAAGUAUACACAAACCAGUCGUCCAUGCCAGUGCGAGCACUUCACGGCAGUUCGAGCGCGCAGGAAGCGAAUUGCAUCGAGGAUUUCUCGCGCCAACCGCCAGCCGAGGUUGAAACAAUGCACAAUUCGGUCAACCGGCAGCCCGCUUUUCGAAAGUGGUUGGCUGAAGACGACCUCUCGGUCACUCGGUCAUCAUAUCAGAAUUCAAAUGCACAGACCUUCAGUAAUCGAAGCAAUGGAAAUGAUACACUUCCAAUGGCUGCCGCUCAAGAGCAAUUCAGACGCACUCGUAAUUAUUCCGGACCCAUAAAUCCAGCGUCACUGUCCCUUGCAUCCGCAAGAACCUUUACACCGUUGAAUGUACCAGCAUGGAUGGAUCCCAACGCGAUCUUGCAGCCUUCCACUCCUUUUUCAAGGAGAUCGGCACCACCGAACACCAAGCUGGCGCAGAGUUUGCCCAAGAUGGUUUGGAUAUGGACACGCAGCAAGGAGGUAAUGCAAUCUGCGGUGGAGGUUGGUUGGACGAAUUUUGUUUUCACCCGCAACACCAAGGACUUGGCUACUCAAUUGACUUCUGUUGAGUGGAUUAAUCCUCUAAGCUUGGAAGGAACGCAGUUUGUGAACAAAGAGGGUAAGCAAGUGGCGACUCUUGGUCAGGUGUACUCUGGCAAUCAGCUACAACAUCUCGUAGAGAUGACGGGUAGAGCUGAGACGAUUGUCAUCAACGACCUCGACUGGGAGAUUAUCUCUCCUAAAGACAUCGUUGCUGCGUUCCAAGGUCGCUGCACUAAUCUUUUUGCCACGGCUAGCUGUGCUGCUGACGCCCGAGUGUAUUUGGAGGCUCUCGAGGUUGGCACGGAUGGUGUGGUUCUUCAAACAGACAACUGCUCCGAAAUCACUGCUCUCAGGGAUUAUCUCACUUCAAAGAUUGUUAAGAAGCACGCCACAAAUUGUUCAUCAAUUGAACCGCUCGUCAACAAGGCUAGUGAGCUGAAAUCGAUGUCAGACACAGUGUCCCUAGUGAGAUCAAGAACCAACUCCUUGCACAGGGUCAGCUCAACUUCAAGGUCGGAAGCUAUUCCCCGCAAUGGAAUUGGUCCGUCGCGUAGGUUGGUGGAGUCGCCGAAGUGUCAUGCGCAGACUUCCUCUGCACUUCCAGCUCCACUAGGGUUGAGGCUCAUCAACGCUACUGUCAAAAGUGUCGUUUCCGUGGGCGAAGGAGAUCGAGUAGCUGUAGAUCUCUGCAAUUUGUUGAACCCUGGCGAAGCUUUGCUUGUUGGUUCUUUCUCGAAGGGCAUGUUCCUGGUGCAUUCUGAGGUUCAAGCCAAUAAUUCAAGUCGCCGAUCAUUUCGUGUCAAUGCCGGCCCCGUUCAUGCAUACACAGGUAUUUCUGGAGGACACAUCACAUACUUGUCGGAGCUAGAGUCUGGUGGCCAAGUGUUGGCAGUAGAUGCUCAUGGCCACUCCCGCACAGUUCUUGUGGGUCGUGUUUCGAUCGAGUUGAAGCCUCUCGUCCUCGUCGUGGCGGAGGCUGAGGGGGAAUGCUUCAGCGUCAUGCUAGAGGACGCAGACUCAGUUCGCCUUGUUGUUCCUUCAUAUAUGCAACAUCCAGGCAGUGAAGCCAUACCCGUAACCAAGCUGCAACCAGGAGACAUGAUCCUCUUGGGCAUGGAAGUCGGCGACUACUCAUACGGACAAUAACGAACCUGCACUUCUAUUUAGUAAAGAACAAAUUCCUGUACCAUCUGUGAUAGGGACGAUUCUGUCAUGUUUUAAUAGACGAGACUAGCUUUGCUUUCCAAGCUCUGCUGUGGUUGGCAUGCGAUAGACUUCGAAAUAUCUUCUAUCGCCCUUUGAUUUCGUGAAUCUCAAAAUCACGAUUGUUGAUGCAGUUGGCCUCUGUACAGUUUCCUCUGAUCAAUCAUCAGCAGCAGAGCGUGCGAGUUACGAAACUUCUACCAAUCAUAAAUCAGUAGGUGCUUUUUCCAACAUCUGGACUAAGUGGAUUCCAGCAGCAUUAUGCUGACAUGUAAAGGCCCUAUGUCACUGUACUUUAAAUGUUAAUGCGACUGAAAACUGUUGCGAAGUUCUAUAACUUGAGCUGCA